AUGAUUAUGCUUUUUGAAAUAGUUCGACGCCUUGCUACGGUGGACAAGACGAGCGAAGAGAAGAAAGAAUUUGACGUCCUUCCGAUUGGCAGCGUCAUCGCAAGGUUGGUAAAAUUGUUGGAGCAUGGCGAUAAUAAGACGUGCAAAUUUAAAGAUGUCUUAAUUGCAAAGGAAAAGUUCCGCUGCCACACGAGAAGACUCCAAGAAAGGAGGAAAGCAAUCGACAAGAUCAACAAGACCACUUUGGAUAUCUCGAAGAAAAGGAAGGAGGAGCUUGGCACGGGAAUUAAUCAUCCCCUCAAAGAGCUUGAAGAAAUGUUCCGAUCAGAUACAAAUGUGCCUGACAAAAAAAGUGAAGAAUCUGAACUUGCGGGAGAGGAAACAUCUGCCGAUGACGAGUGA